AUGGCUAUCCCUCGCGUUAAGCUCAAGUCUUUCGCCCUUGGCCCUAUGGUCCUCUUCAUUACAUUGUUCCUCUACGUCGCUCCUGCUCAUGCCUUCUUCCGUCACUUGUGCUUUGGCGAGCUGGGUAAUGGACGUGUCGAUCCUAUUAUGGCACCAGGACAGGCGUCGCAACAUCUCCAUGUCAGCUUUGGCGCAUCCAACUUCGGCCUCGACCCUACUCUCGACGACUUGUUGUCCUCCAACUGUACGAGCUGUUCCAUCACACAGGAUCACUCGGUCUACUGGGCUCCGCGCAUGUACUUUGAGCACUCCAACGGCACAUUUGAGAUGAUUCCAACCUCUGGAGGAAUGACCGUCUAUUACUUUACCGAGAGUGGCAUAGCCAAUGUUUCAUCCACUGCAUUUCCGCAGAACUUCCGCAUGAUCGCAGGAAACUCUGUCAAGCGUGCAUUCUACGGCCCUGAUCCUGACCCUCCUAUGGCAAAAUGGACUGCGAGCGACAUGACUCAACAGGCCCUGAUGGAGAAAGCACUUGGCUUCAACUGUCUCAACUACAGCAGAACCCCGGAAGGCGCAUUGGAACAUCAUGGUAUGCGCGACAAGAGCUUUAUUGAUGCCACGUGUGCACAGGGUGUGCGGGCAGAGAUUGUGUUUCCAUCCUGCUGGAAUGGCAAGGAUCUUGACAGUGACAAUCAUACCACUCACGUCGCGUAUCCUAGCGAGAUCAAAUAUGGCAUAUGCCCUGAGGGAUAUCCCGUUAAGCUGCCGAUCUUGUUCUACGAGACAAUCUACCAGACGGAUCUCUUUGCGGGCAUAGACGGCCGGUUUGUGUUCUCCAACGGCGACCCUACCGGCUAUGGCUAUCACGGAGACUUUAUGUGCGGCUGGGAGGAAGGUGUCCUGCAAAAUGCCAUUGACAAUACAGUUUGUACUGGUCCCACCAGCACUGGUAUUCAAGAGGCUUGCCCCAUAUUCUCGGUGCAAGACAGCUCAGCUGCUGUACAGUGCAAGAUGGAGGUUCCAGAAGUCUUACAGACUGAGCCGAUCAACAUGGUCCAGGAAUUGCCAGGAAAGAUGAAAGUGCAGGCAGGACCUGAACCGGCCACCAUGCCCGGUGCCGCCGCACCAACUGCAGCCUCACAAACCGCCAAUAGUACUGUGUCCAACGCAGUCGCGCAGCCAACUUCUAGUCUGUUGUCUGUGUCUGCGACAGUUGCGGCUACUAUAUCCUCCAAUUCAAAUGCGACCACUCCAUAUUCAACAGUUGCAGGUACCCAGACGACUGUCACCACAACCUACAUGAGUGGCAGUAUGGAGGUGCAUGAGAUUCUGGUGGAAGAUAUUGUUACAGUGACUGUUACCGAGGUCGCAGCUCAAGCAGCUCCCUCCGCAGCGGCCCGUCACAAGCAUCGUGGCAUUCACCGAAACGGUCAUGCAAUCGGACUGGUUCGGCCUUGA